UGGGGCUUGGGCGGCAGCGGCGGUGGGGUGGAGAAGUAGGGUGCGCACCUGGGCCCCCCUGGCCAUGGCGGCGAAGGUGGACCUGAGCACCUCCACCGACUGGAAGGAGGCAAAAUCAUUUCUGAAGGGCCUGAGUGACAAACAGCGGGAGGAACAUUACUUCUGCAAGGACUUCAUCAAGCUGAAGAAGAUCCCGACCUGGAAGGAGACCGCGAAAGGGUUGACCGUGAAGGCGGAGGAGCCCAAGUAUAAGAAGGACAAGCAACUCAACGAGAAGAUCUCCCUGUUCCGAGGUGAUAUAACCAAGCUGGAGGUGGACGCCAUUGUCAACGCCGCCAACAGCUCCCUGCUCGGAGGCGGAGGCGUGGACGGCUGCAUUCACCGGGCCGCCGGGCCCCUGCUCACAGACGAGUGCCGGACCCUGCAGAGCUGCGAGACUGGCAAGGCCAAGAUUACUGGGGGCUAUCGGCUGCCGGCUAAGUAUGUCAUCCAUACGGUGGGGCCCAUCGCCCACGGAGAGCCCAGCGCCAGCCAGGCCGCCGAGCUCCGCAGCUGCUACCUGUGCAGCCUCGACCUGCUGCUGGAACACCAGCUCCGCUCGGCGGCGUUCCCUUGCAUCUCCACCGGCGUGUUUGGCUACCCUAACGCGGCGGCAGCCGAGGUAGUGUUGGCCACUCUGCGCGAGUGGCUAGAGCAGAACAAGGACAAGGUGGACCGGCUGAUCAUCUGUGUGUUCCUGGAGAAGGACGAAAACAUCUACCUGCAACGGCUCCCCCACUACUUCCCCGUGGCCUGACGGCACCCCGCCACCCACCCUGACCAGGACUGACCUGCUGCAGCCCACCGGACCUCGCUCCCAGCUCUGAGGCCACCGCAGCCUGCAGCUGGGCCUGGGCCUGGCCACCACCCUUCCCCCCAGCCCCGCCCCUCGGGAGCCUCCUAAUAAAGGCCACGCCUG